AAUCCUUGCUGCUUCCUCCUCUUGUCCUCCUCCUUCAGCUUCAGCUUCAGCCUUUAUCGAUUUAUCAGCUGCUCCGAGUACUGUGUCCCCGGCAGAGUCUUGUGGUGCUCUCAUUGUACAUCGUCGCAGAGUUCGGUGACCUACUACAAGCCGUUCAUGGUACUACAGCUGUCUGGCAGUUGAUCACAGCGAGCCUCAUGAUCAGUCUAGGCGCACGAACUCUGUACUGACAUCCAGCAGUCCAGCACAAAUCUGGCUACGCAAGGACCUGAACUGUACUGAUUUUGAUCGCCACCCACGAUUCAUAACGCCAACGUGUAACGCCUCGCGCGCGCAAGUUUCCUUUGUUGGAGACGGUAACCUUCUCCAGCUCCUCCCUGUGGCACGGUACCAUCCCUCAUCAACAAUCGACAAAAAUUGCUGGUCUAGCUCGCAUCUACCCAAAGAGACACCUAUGGAAGUUGCUCUAGCCCAUGUCGAGUACAACCACGACAUUAGAGUGCAAUUUCACAUCGACAACCUCGAGGAAUUCUUUGCUCAGAGAGGAUACCCAGUAGCGCAGCCCUACGUCACAGCUACGUUUGGACCGGGCUGGCGUAUCGAGUGCUGGCCUUCACAAAGCGAUGGCCAGGACUGUACCAUUUCUUGUCGCCUCGACGUAGGACCACGCGGAUAUCCGCGGCCCAUUUCAUGCUCCUUCAUUGGCGAGUCAAUGCCAGGUGGCCACCGAUACUUUGAACAUACCGCGACGUAUAUGUUCCACCCGCCGGAUAAGUACUCUAGUAGGGUGUCUGGUGGUCGGCCUAAAUCCCUCUUGAAGACGCAGCACUGGAACUACCGUUUCCGUCAUCUGCGACAGGAGAACGGGCUCGUCAUCACAGCCACUAUCCGCGCGCGAGCCGGUCAUGCCUUCUCCGAUGGCUGCGAAGGCUUUGGGGUGUUGCACGACCUGAUAACUGGAGGUCAGCCGGAUAAAAUCAAGUUCAUUGUCUUUGCGGGCCGGAAUGCCACUGGAGUCGGACGACUUGUGAGACCACGUACACUGUUAUUCGACAAACACGCCUUACAGGUGAAGUGUCCUCGCCUUGAACAAUGGUUGGAUGAUGCCUCUGAUGCCCCGGCGCUCUGUCAGUGGGAGGUGUUCAGUGGACACAAGGGCGUUCCCAGUGCAUUUGUUAGCGGGGCAUCGAGCUAUCAACCUGCGGCUCAUCCCGACCUCGAUGGUGACAGUGACUUCGAAGAUGUAGGCGAAGAAGGCGUGGCAGGUAUUAUUCCCGGACAACUGCAGACGCGACCUACCGCCAUUAUCAGCGAUGUCGCCGCCUCUACAUGGGAAGCGUUUCUGUUUUAUCUAUACACUGGCGUCGUGGUCUUCGCGCCUUUGGCAAGCAACGGUGAAGAUGCACGAAAGCACUUCAUAGCGAAUUACCAGGUCGGCAACCCGCAACGCCCCGCACCAUGCUCUUGCAGGUCGAUGUACCGCCUCGCACACAGACUUGACAUGGCGGAUCUCAAGAAUAUGGCGUUCGAGGAACUGAAGUCCCAGCUAUCGAAAGACAAUGUUAUCAAAGAGAUCUUUUCCCAAUUCACUUCGCAGCAUGAGCAAGUGAAAGACAUGGAAUUGCAGUUGCUGAAACGAUACUGGGACGAACUCAAGGGGUCAGAUCAAGUGUCAGAGAUGAUGAUGAAGGUCGUCAGUGGUAAACAUCCUCAUGCUGCGUCUAUUAUGAUGGAGAUCUGGCAGAGUGUCACUGUGAUACCCACAUGAGAUGGGCGAAUUGGGUCAAUCUAGGAACGAUUUGUUCUCUCGUGAUCAAGUUAUUGAUACCUACCUUUCAGAGUUUCAUGUUUGAAGGUCGUUUGUCUGUUCAAAUCAUAGAUCAUUAUGUAUUUUGUUAGCCAUUGCAACCAUGGUAGUCCCGUCCGGCGUCCUCGAACGAUGUUGGUAGUGACGUGACUAGCACGUGCAUUCAGAACAC